AUGGUGACCGGCGUCGCUGGAUUACCGGUUCUGGGAACGAAGGGUUCUCCAAAGAAGUUUAAAGGAAGUUAUGCAGAAGUUGCGAGGUUCCUGCAGCACUAUGAAUGGCUGUGCGCUCAGCUCAACAUUGUGACUGCAGAGGACCAAGUGGAAAACAUCACGCAGUAUUGUGCACAAAGUGUGCGCCAGUUUAUGGAAUCACUCCCAGCCUACGUCACACCAGACUGGAAUGCUUUCAAGAGAGACAUUCUCACAUUUUACGAUGCGGACCGAGACAAAAGGCGAUAUAAAGUCAAAGACCUCGAAGCCUUAGUCAAGGAAUCACGUCGGAAACCUACUAUCAAGAACCUAGGUGCAUGGCAGGAAUACUCGAGGAACUUCCUCACAGUCGCUGGAUGGCUAGUGAAUCGUGGUCACAUUUUGGAAGUUGAACAGUCCCUUUAUUUUUGGAAAGGAAUUCCCCGCGCUUUCCGUCAGGACCUGGAACCAUGCUUGCUUGCCGCAGACCCCAACCACAACAUGUCUAUCCCGUUCAGCAUGAGCAGCGUAUGCAUGAAAGCAGAAACCAUUCUGCAGCACAAUCGAUUUGACCAGGACCAACUGCCCUCAGAAGACGAAGACUCGAGUGAUGACUUAGACGACUCAGACUCGGAUGACAAUUCAAGUGACUCAGAGGAUUCAUCAAGUGCCGAAGAAACACAUCGAAGGAAGCGCAAGGAUAAGAAGAAGAUGCGAAGCACGAAGAAACAAUCAUCAAAGCGAGUGGAUGAUUCAUCAGAUGACGAACCAGAAGUUAAGAAGCCAAAAACGAAGUUAUCAUGGAAACGACUGGCAGUACACGAGAAGGAAGAAGUGGAAGACUUGGUCAAGCAAUUGAAUCGCAUGUCCCUAAGUGAUCCUGACUAUGGACUCCUAUACUUCUGCGCUUGCAAACUCGACCAGCUCGUCACCACCGUUGUCCGGAAACCAGUAGUGGAUGCUCCGACGCCAGCCCAUUCAGUCAUGUUUGUGAACUGGACUCCCAUUUACCCUGACAUUGUUAUGAACUGGACAGCCAGCGGACAUCGGCCCAUUGGUGCUACAACGGGCGCUUCACAAAAUGAAGCCAAGCCGGAACUUCAAGAUCUAGAUCCCAAAAUCGAGAUUAAGAUAGGAGAUCGUGCGCUCGAUCAAGAUGAUAUUAUUGAGCUCCUCGGUCUUGGAGGCCUGGCAGAUUCUACGCUCCCCCCGUGUCUCUCCCAGUCUCACUUCGAAGCUCUCAUUACUGGACUCACUGUGCUCCCGGACACAACCCCCCAGACUCCUGGAUCAAACACGCCUAAUUCAGACGACUCGCGAUACAUGGAGCCUGCCCCGGAUUUACCUAUAACUUAUGCGAAGGACGCUGGACUGCUCAGAUCACCCCCCCUUCCUUUCUCCAACCUCUCCCCCACUGCUAUGACCUGCCGUGACGAUUCCCCAGCCCGCGUUCCACUGCAAGAGCGUGAAUACGCUAUGCGCAUGUCUAGCUACACCGAGUCCCACCUUGAUAUUCUGCCGCUGCCCGAGCAUCCCAUAUUAGGCAAUCUCACUCGUGACGCCCGUGGAAAGUCUAUCUAUGACCUGUUGAGUGACGCAGUUUCCCAGUACACUCAAUACAGGCAGUACAACAUGUUCUCAUCUGUCUGCCUCAGUUCUCCCGCCACUAUCGUCUACGCCCCGAUGCAGACUCGUUACGGACCCACACACCCUUGUGUACAGAUGAUGGCCAUGCAGGCUGAGUCUCAUCCGGAUGGAAUGGACCGCGCGAGCAUAUGUUAUGGGCUCGCGGUCUCGUUUUUCUUCGGAAGUGACACACACCCGCCUGGUAGUUUCUUCCCCACCCCGAUUGUAGGAGAGUUGUUUCCCAGCCCGAGCGCGGGCCCGCGUUUCUCAGAUGACUUAGCUGAAGCUGUAGGAAUGACUCAGCGCCCCCAAAACGCUGAGUCAGAAGGGAAUACAUUGAACAAUGUUUCGGUCGGCACUGAGCUCGAACCGCUCACCGAUACACGUUUCAUGUUAAUUACCUCACCGCCGACGCCUGUAUCCGUUACACCUGAAAGCUCGAAUGCAUCAUCUUCCAAGGAUCUGCAUAGCCCGACUACUGUUCCCGCCAUUCCUGCGCAUAGUCCCACACUCACCGCUGCACCGAUUGUUCCCGCCAUUAUUCCUGCUGCGAGCCCGACUGUUGCUGCACUGAACUCGACGCAACUGGCCGCGGUCACCGACCGACACACCGCACUACCGUUACCACGCAAUGUUAAGAAGAAUGUUUCUAUGUCGCCCCCAUCCACCGUUAGUUUGCCGCCGUAUUCCCCGACUGGACGUGCUGCGCUCGACCUUGCCAUUAAAGAAUUGCUGGCGAUGCCCGAUCAUGUGCUUAACCAACCCGCUCGCCAACUUUCUCGAUCGCCCGAUACGACCGCACCUGUUCCGCUGCUGCCCAUUUUAUCAGUGAAAGAUCUCCUUUAUCCCCCUUCCCCUUCCUCCGAUAUCGUAUCUCCCGCCACUAUGAUCGAACACCAGGAAACGACAGAGGACGUGGAAAUGACUGACUCAGACACCUCGGAGACAAUUUCGAAAGCUGAAUGGACUGCCGCUGUCGCGCUGGAGAAUAAGUCGUAUGUCCUUGCUCCCUACCUUGGUGUGCGCCACGAUAUGAUUCAACUCAAGAAUGAACUGUAUGUGCGCGCUAAGCUGUACACUCUGCCGUUUUCGUUUGAUCAAACCAACGACUUUCGCCGCAUGUUCAUGGUCACCUUUCACGCCGUUAUGUCCCGCGCAAAUAUCGAUGGUCUUGAAGAUAGUAAAGAGACAAAGGACCCCAUCGCUAUGUGCAUUGCUGCCAUGGUUCGCCAGUGUCGCAACUACUCCGCGCUCUGGUACUCUCACAUUGGAAAUCCGUUUCUUUGGCCCGAGGAACAUCUUGCGCUUGCCAAAGCUUGA